CCGGCAACACUGAUUUGAGCACACGUUUUGAUUGGGUUUUAAUCAGGACAUGGUUAGUUCAACUAAAAAAAUUUCAACGGAUUAGCUUAUUCGGAUAGUUUAUUUAAAGUAAAAAUACUCCGAAGACCAAUUAUGGCGACAAAAGUAAUCUGCAGUUACAAUGAACCAGCAAUAGGCGGAUUGAUAGUAGCAGAAAUGAUAAAAAAUACAAACCCUCUCGAAAUAUGCUGGGGCAACGAGACGUCUAUUACAUUCUCCAACCAAACAUUAAUUUGUGUAACGAACAAUGAUGUACUACGGUCACUUGCCCGGGAUGCACCGAAGUAUCAGCUUUACGGAAAAACCCCAAUCGAACGCACCCAAAUAGAUCAUUGGUUGACUUAUACUUUGUCGGUAGAGAAGGAUCCAGCUGAUGAGCUGAAAUAUCUGAACAAGUGUUUAGCUCCGCUAACAUAUUUAGUCGCAAACCAUUUAACAAUAGCGGAUUUGGCAGUAUUUAAUGAAAUGUUUAACAGUUAUGAUGAGUUGGCAUUAAUCGGAAUUCCUGUUCAUGUUCAACGCUGGUAUGAUUUGAUUGCUGCACACCCAGCAGUAGUAAGCGUGCUACAGAAUUUGCCUAAAAAUGCUAAAUUUGCUAAAAGAAUAGUUCGCGGUGCAAGUAACGAAAAAUCUGCUGAAAGGAAGCAAGAGGGAAAAUUUGUUGAUCUUCCUGGAGCAGAAAUGGGAAAAGUUGUAGUUCGUUUUCCACCAGAAGCUUCUGGAUAUUUACAUAUUGGGCACGCCAAGGCAGCAUUAUUAAAUCAAUACUACCAACAAGCAUUUCAGGGAAAGCUGAUUAUGCGAUUUGAUGACACAAAUCCAGCGAAAGAAAAUGUUCAUUUUGAAAAAGUUAUCUUGGAAGAUUUAGAAAUGCUUCAAAUCAAACCAGAUUUGUUUACGCAUACGUCUCAAUAUUUUGAUUUGAUGUUACAAUACUGCGAAUGUUUGAUGAAAGAUGGCAAAGCGUAUGUUGAUGAUACUGAACCAGAACAAAUGAAAAAAGAGCGUGAGGAAAGAGUUGUGUCUAAAAAUAGGAACAAUUCUUUCGAAAAAAAUUUGUCUAUGUGGAAGGAAAUGAUAAAUGGUACAGAAGCUGGACAGAAAUGUUGCGUUCGUGCCAAAAUUGAUAUGUCUUCUGCGAAUGGUUGCAUGCGUGAUCCAACUAUUUACCGGUGUAAAAAUGAACCUCAUCCGCGGACCGGAACAAAAUAUAAAGUGUACCCAACAUACGAUUUUGCUUGUCCAAUUGUCGAUGCAAUCGAGAAUGUAACUCACACGCUUCGAACAAUGGAAUAUCAUGAUCGAGAUGAUCAAUUUUAUUGGUUUAUUGAAGCUUUAGGUUUGCGUCGCCCAUACAUCUGGGAAUAUAGCCGACUAAAUAUGACUAAUACGGUGCUAUCUAAACGAAAAUUAACUUGGUUUGUAGACCAAGGACUAGUAGAUGGGUGGGAUGAUCCUCGAUUUCCAACUGUAAGAGGAAUACUUCGUCGCGGCAUGACGGUUGAUGGAUUAAAAGAAUUUAUCAUUGCUCAAGGAUCUAGUAAGUCGGUCGUUUUCAUGGAAUGGGAUAAAAUAUGGGCUUUCAACAAAAAAGUUAUUGACCCGAUUGCACCACGCUACAUUGCUCUGGAAAACAAAAAUCGUGUAGUCGUAAAUGUGUCUGAUGCAAAUCUAGAAACCGUGAAGGUUCCCGUUCAUCCGAAAAAUACUGAUAUUGGUACGAAAACUGUAUGGAUUGGUCCAAGGAUCCUUAUUGAUUAUGCAGAUGCGAUUGAAUUAAAAGAAGGGGAAAAUGCUACGUUCAUUAAUUGGGGAAAUAUCGCUAUCAAUAAAGUGCACAAAGAUGCGAACGGCAAAAUCACGUCCGUUGACGCUAGAUUAAAUUUGGACAACAAGGAUUUCAAAAAAACACUCAAGCUAACCUGGUUGUGUGAGUUGGAUUCGUCAAUGUAUACCCCUACAUUCUGUGUUUACUUUGAGCAUAUCAUUAGUAAACCGGUGCUCGGAAAAGAUGAAGACUUCAAAAGUUACAUUGGACACGAAACCAGGGUCGAAGUUCCAAUGUUGGGUGAUCCCGAAUUGAAAAAAAUGAAGAAGGGUGAUAUUAUUCAAUUGCAGCGCAGAGGUUUUUUCAAGGUAGACCAAGCAUACAAGCCUGCCAGCAGGUUUAGCUCAGCCGAAACACCAAUAGUAUUGCUUUCAAUUCCUGACGGGCACACUAAAGAAUCUUUCGUUGGUGUUCCGAAAAAAGCAAUAGAUGAAGAAUUGAAGCAGAAACAGAUAUCUGUAAAGAAGGCUUCUUAUGAACCAGAAAAUACGUGUGACACCAACAAUAGCAUUCUGCUUCAGGGCGAUAAAGUGCGAAAGCUUAAAGCAGACCAAGCCCCUAAACGUGAAAUUGAAGCUGCAGUUAAAGUCUUACUCGAGCUCAAAACAAAAUUCAAGGAAGAAACAGGCCAAGAGUGGAAGCCUAUACCUAUUUCAACAGUUGAAAGUCUGGAAACCAUCAAUGCAAACAUAUCCAAGCAAGGCGAUAUAGUGCGUGAGUUAAAAGCUGCAAAGGCUAGUAAAUCUACUAUUGAUGAAGCAGUCAAAAUAUUGUUAGAUUUGAAAGCAGCGUAUAAGGCUUCUGCUGGCAAGGAUUGGAAACCGGAAACUUUCCUUAUUAAAGCUGAUACAACAUCUGCUGCUUCAUUGAGCGAGUCAAUUAUAAAACAAGGAAAUUUGAUCCGGGAUUUAAAAGCUAAACAAGCUGAAAAGUCGAAGAUUGAAGCGAACGUAAAAGUGUUGUUGGAUUUAAAAUCAAAAUACAAAACUAUAACUGGUCAGGAUUGGUCACCGCCUGCAACCCAAAACAAAAUUGUAAAAACACAAGUGCAGUCAGGCCCAUCAAACCGUCAGGAAUCAGAACUAUUGAAUCAAAUUACUGUUGUUGGAGAAAAAAUUCGUGUAUUGAAAGCUCAAAAGGCAAACAAACCAUCAAUUGACGAGGAGGUAAAAGUUUUACUACAACUCAAAUCUUCUUACAAAGCACUUACUGGAAAAGACUGGAAACCUGAUGCAACAGUCACUAGUAGGGUUGCAACAAACGAGAAGGAAAAUAUGGCACCAACAAACAUUGACACUUUGGCACAAGAAAAAGACGCUUUAACGAACAAAAUUAAUGCUCAGGGAGAAGAAGUGAGAAAAUUAAAGGCUUCCGGGCUGUCUAAAGAACAAGUAGACGCUGCAGUUAAGAUGUUGCUAGAUUUAAAGGCAGAGUACAAAGAAAUAACCGGAACAGAAUUUCCGACCGCAGGUCGAAAAAAACAACCUGCACCUAAAAAGGCUGCACAAAAGAAUGAGAAAGUCAAACCAGAACCUCCUUUAAAACAAAAAGAUUGUGAAUGUGGACCAAAAAAGCUAACACGUCUUGGAUUGGAGGCUACCAAGGAGGACAACCUGUCCGACUGGUAUUCGCAGGUAAUAACUAAGGGCGAAAUGAUUGAAUAUUAUGAUGUAUCUGGUUGCUACAUACUGCGGCAUUGGUCGUUUGCUGUUUGGAAAGCUAUCAAAGCUUGGUUCGAUAGUGAAAUCACUAAAAUGGGUGUCAAGGAAUGCUAUUUUCCCAUAUUUGUUUCUCGUGCUGCGUUGGAACGAGAAAAAACACAUAUCGCUGACUUUGCUCCCGAAGUUGCAUGGGUAACCAAGAGUGGAGAUUCUGAGCUGGCCGAGCCAAUUGCAGUACGUCCGACUUCAGAAACCGUCAUGUAUCCAGCGUAUGCUAAGUGGAUCCAAUCAUACCGUGAUUUGCCGAUUCGUUUGAAUCAAUGGAACAAUGUCGUGAGAUGGGAAUUCAAACACCCGCAACCAUUUUUGCGUACGCGUGAGUUUCUAUGGCAGGAGGGUCAUACAGCAUUUGCCACUAAACCAGAAGCUGAGGAAGAAGUAUUGCAGAUUUUAGAUCUUUAUGCAAAGGUGUACACAGAUUUACUAGCCAUACCAGUCGUGAAAGGACGCAAAACAGAAAAAGAAAAAUUCGCUGGUGGAGACUAUACGACCACGGUGGAGGCCUACAUAUCUGCAUCCGGUCGCGCAAUCCAAGGAGCUACCAGCCACUGUUUAGGUCAAAACUUCUCCAAAAUGUUUGAUAUUGUUUAUGAGCAUCCAGAGACAAAAGAAAAGGAAUAUGUAUAUCAAAAUUCAUGGGGUUUGACAACGCGUACAAUCGGGGUAAUGAUAAUGGUACAUGCUGACAAUCAAGGGUUGGUGCUUCCGCCUCGUGUAGCAUGCAUUCAGACUAUUAUUGUUCCAUGUGGUAUUACUGCAAGCACAACGAAUGACGAAAGAAAAGAGCUUCACGAUAGUUGCAAAGAGCUGGAAUUGACGUUAGCAGCAGCAGGAGUGCGUUGCGAAGGUGAUUACAGAGACAAUUAUUCACCGGGUUGGAAAUAUAAUCAUUGGGAAUUAAAGGGUGUUCCAAUUAGAGUGGAAUUGGGAUUCAAGGAUUUAAAAAAUCAGCAGUUUGUAGCUGUUCGACGUGACACUGGUGAAAAAAUGACCAUCACGAGAAAUAACGCAGUCAAUGAUAUAAAAGCUCUUUUGAAAACAAUCCAUACUAGUAUGUACAAGCGAGCAGAAAAGAAUUUACAGGACCACUUAAAAGUUACAAAGCAAUGGGAUGAGUUUCUUCAGUUUUUGGAAACAAAAAAUAUUAUUAUGAGUCCAUUUUGCGGUGAAACUCCUUGUGAAGAUAACAUAAAAUCGGAUAGUGCACGAGACGAUGCAGAAGCUGAACCCGGAGCUCCUUCAAUGGGUGCAAAAUCACUGUGCAUUCCAUUCGAGCAACCAGCAAAUAUUCAUAGUGACGAAAAAUGUAUUCAUCCAGCUUGUGGACGAAAGGCUAAAUUUUAUUGUCUCUUUGGCAGAAGUUAUUAACAAUGGAAAUGAUAGGAAUUUUCAUUUGCAUGUUUUUGAGCGAAAUGCCACUAAAACAAUAAUACGUCUCACAAAAGGCUUUGCGACCUCAUGUUUGUUUGGACGGCUUUUUUGUUACUUAUCGUUUUUAUAUGUACAACCCAGCGUGCAACCAGUUGUUUUAGUAUCAAAGGAGAGUGUCAAAAACUAAAGUUGCAGUAAAAAACCAGUGGUGAAUUUCAUUCAGAUUUAUUUGCCCAAAGCUGAUCGCAACAUAUUUACCCUAAACUUAUAUUUUUCAGUCCUGUUUUAGUUUCUAUUCACAAUUCCUAAUAAAGACUAAAUGUGAAAAACCAUGAAGAUAAUUCAAUAAGUGUACUUUAAUUAUAAAAUAUAUACUCGCGAAGCGUUACCUAAACACCUACGGUUAACCUAAGAACACUAGUUCAAUAUUUCAUAAUUUCAUUACGUGCUUUUGACUGAACUAGUACCAUUAACCAAUUUACUUCUGGUUGAAUAACAACCUUUGUGAAUCAUGUCAAAAACACAAAUGUUUGUUUUUAGCAAUCGGGCUAUGAAAAUCGUAAACUUUUUCCUUGUGAAAAACCUACCACAUCGAUUUUUUUAUUUUACAGUAGUCAUAUUUCUAAAACAUAAAAAUAUCCUCCGGUUUGCAAAAUAUUCGCAUGUCCAAAUAAAUGUUAUUAUUUCACUUGCAUUCAUCCACA